CCUUCCCCAGUCGCCUCCAUCUCUAUUCUCGUUCUCAACUCUGAAGUUGCCCUCUUUCUAUCUCUGCAACUGCAACCUACAAAAUCUACAAGAAUCAGAAGUUCAAAACCCAUAUAAUUAAGUUUAUCUAUCUGUCCGCAAGAAUCAAAAGUUCAAAACCUAUUACCUAUAUCAAAACCCAUAUCGGCAUAUCAUUUCAGAUUGUUCAAAAAAUCAAAACCCAUUUCUUUCAGUUUCCAUCGCCCGCUGUUUCAGUUCGGGUCGCCGUUCGCAAGCUUCAGUUGCUGGCUCUCAACUCUCAAGCUUGCCCCCUCUCUCCCUCUGCAACUGCUAACUUCGGCGGCCUCUGCUCUCUUCCUUCUUGACAUCAAAGGCCGUGUUCUGGUGUGACGCAACUACAGUUCGAUGUAUCAGCUGUUCAGGCCAAGAAACUCUUCACCAGACCCAUUGAGAAAGAGGUGCAAAUUCAGUUCAUGUAUUGCGUUGGUGUUCACUGAAACUCAUUGGUUAUUUCGUUAUAUGAGCUCCAGUGUGAACAACUCACUAUAUCAGUGGAACUCAAAAAUCACUAGUUGUUUCAAGCGUGGGGAUGUUGAGAACGCAUGCCGUCUGUUUGAUGAAAUGCCUAACAAGAAUGUGGUGACUUGGAACUGUAUGAUUUCUGGGUAUAUUAGGAAUGGGAGGGUUCGUGAGGCUCGUGAGAUAUUCAAUGUUAUGCCUAGUAGGAAUGUUGUGUCUUGGACGGCAAUGUUAAGUGGGUAUGCCAAGUGUGGAAGGUUAGAAGAAGCUCGGAGUUUGUUCGAGGCGAUACAUGAUAAAAAUGUGGUUUGUUGGAAUUCUAUGAUAUCUGGUUAUGUAAACAAUGGACAAGUAGAUGAGGCCAGAAAAUUGUUUGAUUUAAUGCCUGUUAAGAAUUCUGUAUCGUGGGUGACUAUGAUUGAAGGGUAUUUUCAUUGUGGGUUUGUAAGUGAAGCCGAGGUGUUGUUUGGUCAAGCUCCUGUAAGGAGUGUUUCAUUGUAUAAUGCAAUGCUGGCUGGUUAUGCUGAUAUGGGAUAUGUUGAAGAUUCACACAAACUAUUUUUGGGAAUGCCUCGACGUGAUGUGGCUUCGUGGACUAGUAUGAUAACUUGUUUCUUGAGAGCAAAAAAGAUGGAUAGUGCUAGGGCCUUGUUUGAGGAGAUGCCUGAAAAGGAUGUAGUGGCUUGGACUGUGAUGAUUCGGGGUUAUCUGUAUUAUAAUCGGAUUGAAGAGGCUACAAAAUUAUUCAAUGAAAUGCCCCAUCGGGAUCUCAUUGCAUGGAACUCAAUGAUUGGUGGAUAUGUUCAGAAUGGAAGGUUUGAAGACGCUCUUGAAUUGUUCAUGAAGAUGCCACAGCGAGACAUUGUGUCAUGGAAUUCAAUACUACAGGGAUAUGUGCAACAAGAUGAUAUGAUAAAUGCUAGGGGCUUUUUUGGACAGAUGCUGUGGAAAGAUGAGACCUCAUGGAAUACUAUGAUUUCAGGAUGUCAAUCUGAAGAAGCUUUUAUUUUACAUUACCACAUGUUGCAGACUGGACUUAAGCCUGAUCAAGGUACAUUUACCACUGUAAUCUCGGUCUGUGGUGCACUUGCUGCGCAUGGGUGGGGUAGAGCAAUGCAUCUUUGUGUGAUCAAAACUGGUUUUGAAAAUGAUACUGUUGUAUUAAGUUCAUUAAUAUCCAUGUAUUCCAAAUGUGGCUUUAUAAAUGCUGCUACUCUAGUAUUUCAAGGGAUGAUAAACAGGGAUACGGUGGCAUGGAAUGCCAUAAUCGUGGCACAAGCUUAUCAUGGUUCUGCUGUUGAAGCUCUCAAGCUCUUUCAUUCCAUGACUCAAGCUGGAUUGGAACCGGAUCACGUGACUUUUCUUGGCCUCUUGAUUGCGUGUGCUCAUUCAGGUCUGGUCAAUGAGGGCUGGAAAUACUUCAAGUCUAUGGCGAAACAUUGGAAUCUGAUUCCAAAGCCAGAACAUUAUGCCUGCAUGGUUGAUGUCCUUGGUAGAUCAGGAUUGCUAGCUGAAGCAUAUGAACUGGUUAAACAAUUGCCUGUGGAUAUCCCAUCACAUACUUGGGGAACAUUAAUAAGUUCUUGUAGAGUCCAUGAGAAUUUUGGUCUAGGCAAACUUGGUGCACAGAUGCUUUUAAGUACUCAACCUUCAAAUGUAGGGAUGUAUAUACUUUUGUCAAAUAUAUAUGCUGCAAGAGGGAUGUGGCAGGAUGUAGCAAAUAUUAGAGCAUUACUGAAGCAUCACCGGUUGAAGAAGGAACUGGCACGCAGUUGGAUUGAGGUGAGUGGUCAGAUUCAUCAGUUUGUGUACAAUGACAUAUCUCAUCCCCGAAUAGAGGACAUAUACAAAGAAUUGGAGAAUCUUUCCGUAAUCAUCGAGGAAAUAGGCCCAAUAAUGCAGUGUUAAGGAUUUUUUUUUUUUUUGUUUUU